AUGUCGGGUUUCGCGCAAGCUUCCGAUCUCAAUGCCUGGAAGGAGCUCCAGGAGCACCACACCACCCUGGGUCGUAACAUUGUUCUGAAGGAGUACUUCCAGAAGGACCCCCAGCGCUUCCAGAAGUUCAGCCGUACCUUCAAGAACACCGUCGAUGGCCAGGAUAUCCUCUUUGACUUCUCCAAGAACUUCCUCACCGAGGAAACUCUGUCUUUGUUGGUCAAGCUGGCCAAGGAGGCCAAUGUUGAGGGCCUGCGCGAUCAGAUGUUCAAGGGUGAGCACAUCAACUUCACUGAGGACCGUGCUGUCUACCACGCCGCCCUGCGCAACACCUCCAACGAGCCCAUGCAGGUCGAUGGCAAGAGCGUUGUCGAGGAUGUCAACGCCGUUCUCGAGCACAUGAAGGAGUUCUCCGAGCAGGUGCGCAGUGGUGAGUGGAAGGGUUACACCGGCAAGAAGAUCGAUACCAUCAUCAACAUUGGUAUUGGUGGCUCUGACCUUGGUCCCGUCAUGGUUACCGAGGCCCUGAAGCCCUAUGGCCACCCUGACAUGAAGCUCCACUUCGUAUCCAACAUUGAUGGCACUCACAUCGCCGAGGCUCUUAAGAACUCCAACCCCGAGACCACCCUCUUCCUGAUCGCCUCCAAGACCUUCACCACCGCCGAGACUUGCACUAACGCCAACACUGCGAAGAGCUGGUUCCUCGAGACAGCUAAGGAUGAGUCCGUGAUCGCUAAGCACUUCGUUGCCCUCUCCACCAACGAGGCCGAGGUUACCAAGUUCGGCAUUGACAAAAAGAACAUGUUCGGCUUCGCAUCGUGGGUCGGUGGCCGCUACUCCGUCUGGAGUGCCAUUGGUCUCUCCGUAGCUCUGUACAUCGGCUAUGACAACUUCCAUCAGUUCUUGGCGGGUGCUCACGCCAUGGACAAGCACUUCCGCGAGACUCCCUUGGAGCAGAACAUUCCCGCUCUCGGUGGUUUGUUGAGUGUCUGGUACAGCGACUUCUUCGGCGCCCAGACUCACCUGGUUGCACCCUUCGACCAGUACCUGCACCGCUUCCCCGCUUACCUGCAGCAGCUUUCCAUGGAGAGCAACGGUAAGGCCAUUACCCGCUCCGGCGAGUACGUCAAGUACACCACCGGUCCCAUCUUGUUCGGUGAGCCCGCCACCAACGCCCAGCACAGUUUCUUCCAGCUGUUGCAUCAGGGCACCAAGCUGAUCCCGGCCGAUUUCAUCAUGGCCGCCGAGUCGCACAACCCUAUCGAGGGUGGCAAACACCAGCGCAUGCUGGCUUCCAACUUCUUGGCUCAGUCUGAGGCCCUGAUGGUCGGUAAGACCCCCGAACAGGUCAAGGCCGAAGGUACUCCCGACCACUUGGUUCCGCACAAGACAUUCCUUGGCAACCGUCCCACCACCUCCAUUCUGGCCCAGAAGAUCACUCCCUCGACCCUGGGUGCUCUGAUCACCUAUUACGAGCACGUCACCUUCACCGAGGGUGCCGUCUGGAACAUCAACUCCUUCGACCAGUGGGGUGUCGAGCUCGGCAAGGUCCUGGCCAAGAAGAUCCAGGCCGAGCUGGAGACUUCCGGUGCUGGCGGUGACCACGAUAGCUCCACCAGCGGUCUGCUUCUCGCUUUCAAGGCGAAGGCUAACUUGGCGUAA